AUGUUUAUGGUGUGUCUGGUGUUGCAGGUUGUUCAUGGUGAAGAGGACAUAAGGUGUAUACCAGAGGAGAGGGAAGCACUCCUGCAAUUCAAGACUGCCCUUGUUCUUCACAGUGGCAUGCUCUCAUCUUGGUCCACUCCUCAUUGUUGCCAAUGGCAGGGGAUUCGCUGCAGCAACCUCACUGCCCAUAUUUUAAGCCUCCACAUUCACGGAGAGGUUCGUUAUUUAAUCUAUGGACGUUAUAUCAGCGGAGAGAUCCACAAGUCAUUGAUGGAGUUGCGAGAAUUAGAGUAUUUGAACCUCAGUUCCAAUUCUUUUCCGGACAGUCACAUCCCAGAGUUUCUUGGUUCUUUAAGAAACUUGAGAUACCUUGAUUUGUCGUCAUGUCAUUUUGGCGGAAAAAUUCCCAGUCAGCUUGGGUCUCUUUCUCAUUUGAAAUACUUGAAUCUUGCUUGGAAUUCUCUGGAGGGUUCAAUCCCUCCUCAACUUGGAAAUCUCUCCCACUUGCAGUAUCUUGAUCUUCGGUACAAUUCUUUUGAAGGAAAUAUACCAUCUCAACUUGGGAACCUUUCAAACUUACAAGAGCUCUAUCUUGGAGGAUAUUAUCAUGAUGAUACUCUCAAAAUUGACGAUGGAGGUCAGUGGCUGUCUAAUCUUAUUUCUUUAACGCAUCUUUACUUGCGAUCAAUAUCUAAUUUAAGGGAAAUGAUUGCCAAGCUACCAAAUUUAAGGGAACUGAGUUUAGUUGAUUGUAGCCUUUCCGAUCACUUCAUUCUGUCAUGGAGGCCUUUCAAGUUAAAUUUUUCUACUUCUCUCUCGGUCCUUCAUCUUUCUGAGAACUCCUUCACCUCACCGAUGAUAUUCCAGUGGGUGUCGAACAUCUCUUCCAACCUUGUUGAGCUUGACUUUAGUUUUAACCUCUUGGAGGGUUCCACAUCAGGUCAUUCUCAUAGUUGGUUCCAAGAGAUUGUCAAGCUACCAAAACUAAGGGAACUAAGGUUAGUUGGUUGUAGCCUUUCCGAUCACUUCAUUCUGUCAUGGAGGCCUUCCAAGUUCAAUUUUUCUGCUUCUCUCUCUGUCCUUGAUCUUUCCUGGAACACCUUCACGUCAUCGAUGAUAUUCCCGUGGGUGUCAAACAUCACUUCCGAACUCGUUGAGCUUGGUCUAUCUUAUAACAAUUUAAAUGUAAAUCUUCUAAUGAUAAUCCAUCACUUGUCUGGAUGUGCAAGAAACUCGCUAAAAAUAUUGAGAUUGGAUGGAAAUAACAUCAGCGGUACAUUAAUUGAUCUCUCAAUAUUUUCAACCUUGCAAGUAUUGGAUCUUUCCUAUAAUCAAUUAAAUGGAGAGAUUCCUAAAGAUAUUCCAUUUCCACCUCAAUUGGAAGUACUAGAUAUGCAAUCCAAUUUCUUAAAAGGUCUGCUCACUGACUAUCAUUUUAUUAAUAUGUCCAAGUUAAUCAAUUUGGACUUAUCUGACAACUCAUUGGCCUUGGCAUUUAGCCACAAUUGGGUCCCACCAUUUCAGUUGCAUUAUAUAGGAUUGAGAUCUUGCAAUCUAGGUCCAACAUUUCCAAAAUGGUUGAAGACACAAAAUGAAUUUCACGAUAUUGACAUUUCAAAUGCUACAAUAUCAGAUAUUGUUCCUGAAUGGUUUUGGGUUAAAUUACAAAUGCUAGAGUAUCAGAUAGUGUUCCUGAAUAUUUCAUACAACAAUCUAGGGGGGGUAAUUCCAAAUUUUCCGCAAAAUAAUUCUUACUAUUCUGUAUCCCUUGGGUCAAAUCAACUUGAAGGCCCUAUUCCUAUAUUUCUAAGGAAUUCUUUCAUUCUCGAUUUAUCCAAAAAUAAAUUUUCCGAUUCUAAUUUGUUUUUAUGUGCGAAUGGUACAAUUGACACUUUGCACCAGUUAGAUCUUUCAAAUAAUCAAUUCUCCGGACAAAUCCCAAAUUGUUGGAACAAUUUCAAGUCAUUGGCUUAUUUAGAUUUGAGUGAUAGUAAAUUUUCAGGAAAGGUUCCUACUUCAAUGGGAUCGCUUGUUGGUCUUCAAGCAUUGUUUUUGAGAAACAACAAUUUAGUCGGAGGAAUCCCUUCCUCAUUGAGGAAUUGCACAGAGCUAGUGAUGCUAGAUAUGUCAAAAAACAAACUCUCAGGGCCUAUUCCUAACUGGAUUGGGACAAACAAAGAAUUGCAAAUUUUAAGUUUGGGAGGGAAUCAAUUCUAUGGGAGUUUACCAUUCCAGAUUUGUUGUUUAAUAAACAUUCACAUUUUGGAUCUUUCACUAAACAACCUAUCUGGACAAAUUCCAAAAUGCAUAACGAACCUUUCCUCAAUGGCUCAAUCAACAUCUUCAAUAGAUAAUGAAUAUCACCGGUAUUUUCUCAACACCAGUUAUUUAAGAGUCAAUCGGAGUUACCAGUUGAAUGCAUUGUUGAUGUGGAAAGGUUUGGAACAAAAGUUUCAGAAUAAAGGUUUGUCACUUUUAAAAAGCAUUGAUCUCUCAAGCAAUCAUUUUGUAGAUGAAAUUCCAUUAGAAAUAGAGAAAUUAUCUGGAUUGAUUUCAUUGAACUUAUCAAGAAACAAUUUGUCUGGGAAAAUUCCUCCAAAUAUUGGAAAGUUAGCAUCACUUGAAUCUCUUGAUUUGUCAAGAAACCAACUUGAUGGUUUAAUUCCUCCAACUCUUACUCAAAUCCAUGGACUUAGUGUGCUAGAUUUGUCGCAUAACCGUCUAAGAGGAGAAAUUCCAACCAGCACACAAUUGCAGAGUUUCAAUAGUUCGAGCUACGAAGAUAAUUCCAAUCUUUGUGGAGCACCACUUGAGAAAUUGUGUAUUGAGGGAGGGACAACACAAGAACCAAAAGAUGAAGUUGAUGAAGAAGAUUCAUUUUUCAAUAAUGAAUUUUUGAUGAGUAUGGGACUUGGAUUUGUUGUAAGCUUCUGGAUGGUGUUUGGCUCAAUCUUAUUCAAGCGUUCAUGGCGACAUGCCUAUUUCCAGUUUUUGAAUAAUUUAGCAGACAAUAUUCAUAUCAAAAUAGCACUCUUGGCUAAUUAUUUCAAGUUAACAGGUAAUAAUUUAUAUGCAUUAUAUGUUCUCAUAUUAUUUUCAUAA